AACCCAGUUCCUUCUUUUCUUCCCCCCCCCACACACCAGGGCAGCCCAGCCAUGGCGCUCUCUCGCCACCUUACCUCGCCGUGCGCUGUGCACGCGUGUCUCGGAGUAGUCUAUCGCGUUUUUUCCACCGCCAUCCCAUCCGCCCCUCCGUUCGCCGCCUCUCUCGCCCCUUCCCACGCGCUAACUUGCGCCGCAUCGUCGCGAUCCGAUCAACCAACCCUUCCGUGCACCUCACACGAUCUCGAGCACCAAGGAAGCGCAGCGGAGCCGUUGAUUCACCCAGCCAUCCCCGUCGCAUCCGGCCCGUCCGUUUUACCCCCGACGGAAUCGCGAUCGACGCCGGACGAUGCGAAUCAAUUUGCGGUGAUGGCGGUUCCUAAGAGGAAGGUGACGCCGUCGCGGAAGGGCAUCAGGAAUGGGCCCAAGGCGCUCAAGGCCGUGCCUGUGGUCGUCAGAUGCCUGAGCUGCGGCGUUGUGAAGCUGCAGCACCAGUUCUGCUGCAGGGACGGCGACAGGUACCGCACGGCAGCCACCCAGUAACCUACUGACCUGUAAUACCUCAGCCACACAGCUUUGAAGGGUACAAGUCCAACUGCCAUGGCCCAUGGGGUCAGUCAGUCGGGCAGCAGUGCAGUGCGAGGUCUGGCUUGCUCAAUCACAUCAAAUCUCUUCAUCAACCAUGCUGCUCCUUAUUGCAAAGCAUCACGGAAUAAAUGAAUCUGGUUCCU